AUGCUUGGGGUGCUUGGGUUGCUGGGGGUGUCUCUGAAGCUCAACACCACCAGCUACCUCAUCUGGGCGUUUGCGCAGACAGUGUCCAAGACGCUCUAUUUCCACGGCAUGAACCAGGGCGGCUACGCGGUGGACUUUGCAUGCUAUCAGGUGCCUCAGCCCCUGUGGGGAGGUGGGCCCGACUACAGUGAUGACUCCGAUGCUGACAAGGACUACUCGAGCCCCUGGCAGGGCGCCAGUCUCCCCACCGACGCUGCUGCUGACGGUGCUGCUGGUGGCCUUACUGCAACGCUUGUUGACCAGGCCCCCCCCGCUCCGCCUCCCCUCCUCCGCCAGCCUGGUGCUGCACUGGAAGGCCACCACGGGCACCACCGUCGACAUGGAGCUGCAGGCAUUAACGUUGUUUCCCUCCUGCCACCCCCUUUUCCCCUUUCUCCCCUCCUUUCCCGCUUCUUCUUGCCACGUCCCGCCAGCCUGGUGCUGCACUGGAAAGCCACCACGGGGACCACCGUCGACAUGGAGCUGCACGCCACGUCAUCAGGCGCCUCGGGCGGGUGGUUCGCAGUGGGGUGGUCGACGAGCGGGACAAUGUACCCCGCGGAUUGCGUGAUUGCGCACGCGGCGGGGGCGGACAUCGGCGCGUACACUAUGGCGAGCUACGCCGGCGCCACAACCACGACCGCGUUCUCCCUCGGCUCGCCCACUUACUCUGCUGGCAUUGCCACAUUCUCCCGCACAGUGGGAACAGGAAGCAAGGUGAAGUUCGCCAACGGACCCAUGAAGACCAUCUGGGCCUACUCCGACGGCCAAUCUACCUCUUCCCUCUUCACCCCCACCACCCACCCGUUUCCCCACCGUCCCCUCCGUCCCCCCAACCCCAGAUUUUCCCGCACGGCAGGAACGGGAAGCAAGGUGACAUUCGCCAACGGACCCAUGAAGACCAUCUGGGCCUACUCCGACGGCCCAUCCACCUCCCUCGUCGGCCACGGGGGCAACCGCGGCAGCACCACCAUCGACUUUUCCUGUGAUGGCACCCCCGUUACCACGCCCUCUCCUCCUCCCCCUUCCGCCACCCCCUCCCCCCCGCCUUCCUCCGCCUCCCCGCCCCCCCCUGCCUCCUCCGCCUCCCCUCCGCCCCCCACUGCCACGCCGUCACCUCCGCCCGCGCCGCCGGCUGCGGGAGUGGCGUGCCCCGCGUCGGCUCUGGAAGGGUUUGAUUAUGAAGUGGAGCUUGGCGGGCCUAACAUGCUGCUGCACUGGACCCUCGCUACUAGCACCAUCAUCAAAUUCUCCAUAGAAGCACGCGGCAGCACCAUAGCCAAGGAUGGCUGGAUAGCCGUUGGAUGGUCGGGUAGAAAGGGCAAGAUGAAGGGCUCAGAUGCGGUCAUUGGGAACCUGCCUGGCGUGGUGGGGGUGCAUAUGAGUGGCUACACAUCAGCACUGGAGCCCACUCACAAGCCACCACCACUCCUCCCCCAGCUCUGCUCUAACCCCUUCCCCGUGUUCUCCCCCCUCUCCCUUUUGUUCAGUUUCACUCGCGAGGUGGGCAAGGGAGCAGUACCCAUAAAGCUCAACGCCACCAACUACCUCAUCUAUGCCUUCAGCACCACAGCCUCCAAGACUCUCGCCUUCCACGGCUGGAACCAGGGCGGCCUUGCGGUGGACUUCUCGUGCUUCAAGAAGCCCGCGGCCCUGUGGGGUGGCGGGCCGGAUUACAGCGAUGACUUGGAUUAUGAUAACUCAUUCAACAGUGCACGCGCUGCAAGCAUGGAUGGCGCUGCAGGCACCUCCUCGGCUGACGGUGACGGGGCUGUUGGCACUGGGGUCGGCAUGACAAAUGCUGAUUGGUUCAUUCUCCACUGGAAGGUCACAACAGGCACGACAGUCAACAUGGCACUGGAGGCCCAGACAGCAGCCAUCACGGGCGGGUGGUUCGGCGUGGGUUGGUCAGCAGACGGCAAGAUGUACCCCGCAGAUGCCGUCAUCGUCAACUCCGAUACCUACGGCGCGAUCGGCCCGUACAAGAUGGAGCACGACUCACCGACAGCCAUCAUCCCCUUUGCGAAUUUCCAGCUGGGUUCUGGAGCUACCUACACUAAGCCCGCUGCCAUCAAGGGUGCUGCUACCACCAACACCACCAGCGCUGUCCCGUUCGCCAGCGGCGUUGCCACCUGGGUUCCGCAAGCUACUCACACCAAGCCCGCUGCCAUGAAGGGUGCUACCAUCAACACCACCACGUACCCUGGCGGCGCUACCACCAACACCACCAGCGCUGUCCCGUUCGCCAGCGGCGUUGCCACCUGGGUUCCGCAAGCUACUCACACCAAGCCCGCUGCCAUGAAGGGUGCUACCAUCAACACCACCACGUACCCUGGCGGCGCUACCACCAACACCACCAGCGCUGUCCCCUGGGUUCCGCAAGCUACUCACACCAAGCCCGCUGCCAUGAAGGGUGCUACCAUCAACACCACCACGUACCCUGGCGGCGCUACCACCAACACCACCAGCGCUGUCCCGUUCGCCAGCGGCGUUGCCACGUACGUACCGUCUAUAUGUCUGCACUUAACCUUUGCGAGUUUCCAGCUGGGUUCCGGAGCUACCUACACCAAGCCCGCUGCCAUGUACCACGGCGGCGGUGCCACAAACACCACCAGUGCUGUCACGGACCCUGGCGGCGGUGUCCCUUUCUCCCGCACGGUGGGCACGGGGGACAAGAUCAACUUUGUCAACGGACCCAUGAAGACCAUCUGGGCCUACUCCGACGGCCCUUCCGGCGACUUCAGUGCCGGCCAUGCCGCCCAACGCGGAGUCGUCACAAUCGACUACAAGUGUGACCCCAACGCUGUCCCCGCCCCCCCGCCCCCCGCCCCUUCCACUGCCAAACCCCCACCGCCUCCCCCCUCUUCCACCGCCAAGCCCCCGCCGCCUCCUCCUGCUUCCACCAAACCGUCCCCGCCUCCCCCGCCGUCCUCCACGCCCAAGCCCUCCCCGCCUCCGCCCGCGUCGUCGUCUCCCCCGGCUGCGGGCGCGGCGUGUGCGUCGUCGUCGCUUGCAGGGUACUCGUAUCAAGUUGAGCUGAACGGACCGCUCGUGCUCCUCCACUGGACCUUCGCAACCAAGAAGCGCAUCCGAUUCGCCAUCGAGGCUCGCAAGGGCACCCUGACCAAAGAUGGCUGGAUGGCCGUUGGAUGGUCGGGCAACAAGGGCAAGAUGAAGGGCUCAGAUGCGGUCAUUGGGAACCUGCCUGGCGUGGUGGCAGUGCAUAUGAGUGGGUACAGUAAAGCGCUUGUAACGAGGACGAACGCGUUCGCUAUCGGGACUCCAUCGGUUGCUGCUACAUCUGAUGGCGGCACUACAAUCAUUUUCGCCAGGAAGGUGGGUACGGGGGCGGUACCAAUCAAGCUCAACGCCACCAACUACCUCAUCUGGGCCCUCAGCAGCACCGCCACCAAGACCCUCUCCUUUCACGGCAACCACCAGGGCGGCCUUGCUGUUGACUUCUCAUGCUACAAGAAGCCACGGCACCUCUGGGGUGGCGGGCCUGACUACAAUGAUGACUCGGAUUAUGACAACCCGCCUUUCUCUGGUGGUGGUGGUGACGAUGAUGACGAUGAUGGUGACAAUCAUGAUAAUCAUCAUAGCCAUGAUGGCCACGGUGACCACCAUGAUGACCACCAUGAUAACCAUCAUGACCAUCAUGAUCACCAUGACGACGGCGACCAUCACGACCACAAGUCGAAGCAUAGCGAGUCGUUGACCAGAAAGCCAUUCGCAGCAAGCAUGCCAUGA